AUGUUCGUGGAAAACAGUGAGCCGGACUCACUUACAAGCGGACUCGCUGAGAAUUGCGGAUUUGAUACACUACCGCGGGAGAUGAUGGGAACAAGCAAUGUUUGUUCAUUUCCACUAGAGCUAUGGCAGACAUCCAGACAAUCCGAACUUGACAUGCAUACUCCAGAUAUGCAGCUGGCACUUGAACCGUAUACGUCCGCAGUAUCACCCUCACAGACACGACCAUGUAAAUGCGAUGAAGACGUCUCGAACAUUGUACGAAGCUUGAAUGGCGCGAAUAUGGGCCACGAUGUUAUCUUGACAAUUCGCACAGGCGUGACAUUGUCAGAAAGGUUAUUGACAUGUCCAAUCUGCUACGACGUCUCAAAACCCCCUCGACUGACCGUUCAAAAUGUUCUUCUGAUCGGUCACCUUAUGCUGGAAGUUACAUCAGGCUACCGAAAGUAUAUACACUGGCUAGAUAAGAACGCCACAGGAGAUGACUCGCGGAACGACACUGAGACUGUCUACCUGGACUCUGGACUUGGGUUUCCCUCUGAACUGAAUUUGCAAAUUAGCAGCGAGAAGCUUCGAGAUCUUGUUAUGGAUGGACUGCAGAUGGAUGUUCAACGGCUGUUGCGAAUGGGAGAAAGGUUUGCAGAACGGCAACGCCACCGACAUAUGGUUGGGCAUACGACUUGUCCCGAUGCUGAGGGCCGAUGUCGCAGGCGAGAGUACGGCAUUGAUCAUGAUCCUCUCGAUGUUUGUCCACAUAACCCUGUGGCGCGGAAGUUGAUACCCUGUUUCCGGAUUGUUGAUGAGGUUCGGGAGAUGAUUCAACAGGUUGCGGAUACGCUCAAUUAA